GUGAAAACUUGGAGAGGCGCUGAGAAGUCCAAGACUUUGGGUGAAGAAUGCAGACCAUAAAGUGCGUGGUGGUCGGGGACGGCGCCGUGGGGAAAACUUGUCUGCUCAUCAGCUACACCACCAAUGCCUUCCCAGAGGAGUACAUCCCCACCGUGUUUGACAACUACAGCGCCCAGAUGACUGUGGAUGGCCGGACAGUCAGCCUGAACCUCUGGGACACUGCGGGCCAGGAGGAGUACGACCGCCUGCGCACGCUCUCCUACCCCCAGACCAACGUCUUCAUCAUCUGCUUCUCCAUCGGCAGCCCCUCCUCCUACGCGAACGUGAGGCACAAAUGGCACCCCGAGGUGUCUCACCACUGCCCCAACGUCCCCAUUCUUCUCGUGGGCACCAAGAGGGACUUGAGAAGUGACCUGGAAACGGUUAAAAAGUUGAAAGAGCAGAGCUUGGCUCCCACCACCCCGCAGCAGGGGACUUCGCUGGCCAAACAGAUCGGAGCAGUCAAAUAUUUGGAGUGCUCGGCACUGAAUCAGGAGGGGGUUCGGGAGGUGUUUGCCGAAGCUGUCCGUGCGGUUCUGUAUCCUGUGACAAAGAAGAACACAAGGAAAUGCGUCUUGUUGUAGUCCCCUGGGGUGAUGGAUGUUGCUGUUGACUAGAAUCUUGGAGGGCUUUUUAAUUGAGUUUAAAAUUGAAGAUUUGCAUCUUGCACUAACAGCUCUAAGCAGAAAUCGGUUAUACAAUGAAUAUUCUUGCAGUCUUACUGCUUCAGGGAAACUGAAACAGAACAGUCUUUUUUUUUCCAACCGAGAGGUCAAAUAUCUACUUUAUUUCUAAAGUUCCAGUCUCCAGCUUCUCCAGGGAUCACCUGGGUUCUGUCCUUAUUUUAGUGGAGGAAAAUAAAAGAGGAGACUCCUUUGAAGCCACUUCUUUACUAGAUAGCCAUCAGUUCCUAGGUUUGCUGAAAAGCACAAAUUCUGAUAACCCUGCUUUAAGUGUAGCUGCUGCUUUUCCCAUCCGUUAUUUACUGAUUGAAUUUGUUUUACAAACAGAAGUCCGGUUGUUUUGUCAAUCUACAGCUUGAAAACAAUUUGUUUACUUGCAAAAAUGCCUGAAAUAUUACUGAGAUUCACCUUAUAGUGAACUGUGAUCGUUUAUAUGAAGAGUUAGCCUAAGGCACGAUUAAUGCAAUGAGCAAAACCCAGGGAAUACCUGCAAUGAUUUUAUUAACAGAAGCAGGAGCUGAUUUUUCCUAAUGUAAGGAACUUAGAAAAAUGAUGAAUCACUCAAACAAGUGAUUUUCGUAGUUUUGAGGUGGAGAAGUGAAAGAGUAGUUCAGAUGCAAGUCUUCCAUAAGACUUCUAAACUGAGAUUUUAUUUCACUGUCCAAAGAGACAUUGCACCCUGAGAAUAAAGUUUUAACAGUUACCUUCCCGGGCUGAGAUAUUUGGGAUGACACUGCUCAAAGUGAGAUUUUCAGUGUAAUCUCUCUGAUGAAUCCCAGGGACUUGAUAGCAGCUCUUGGGGAAUCAGUUGCUUCACUUUUUAACGUUCUUGGGGCCACCACCUGAGAUUUUUAUGGCAAAUUCCUUUGUUGUUUUUUUUUCUGUGAGAACACUGACAGAAAUUUGGGAGGUUCUGAUUACAGGAGCCCAUGUUUCUCCCUGUUUUCAGUUCAGUCUGUAAUGGUUAGCCAGUCACUGGAUAGGAUUACCUGGGCAGUUUUUUUUUUUCCCCUCUCUACUGGAUGCUCAGUUAUUAGGAACUCUUUUAACCCAAGUUCUAUUUACGUACUUUUUAACUUUCUUCAGCAGCUCUGGUAAGUAGCAGCUGGCUUUUAUUUUCAGGAUGUGCACUGUUCUUUAUGUGUGGUUCCGGGACCAGCUGAGGAGUGAGAGCAUGAAACCUUCCUUAGACUUAAACCUUCCAGCUCGAUGGGAUGAAAGCAGCAUGCUUCAAAGAUACUUUGUGUGAAACCAGUGGUGCUGGACUGGGCUUUGUUGUCUGAAGUUGACAGUGCUGUCUUUGUCUGGCUGCAGCCUCAAUUGGUCAUUCAGAACUUGCUUUCUUGUGAUUCCCACACAUGCAAAACUGCACUGGUGUAUAUACCCUGGUCAGGAAAAAAAAAAAAAAAAAGAAGUGCCUCGUUUUAGCAAGAUAACAGAAAAUACAUCAACAAGGUUAUUAGGGAUCUUGUGUUAAUUUGAGCUUGCUUUAUCUGAUGCUGGCAAAAAUACCAGGUGGAUGGAAAUGUUUUUAUUUGCGCCCAAAUUCCGCUCCUCGGAGAGGAUGUGCCUUUCUUCAGCUGGUGUAGCUGAUGCUGACGCCAACUGCAGUGCUUGUUUAUCCGAGAUGCGCUCACUCUGGUACUGCUUUAGCCAUUGAUUUUGUAAAUUGCAGUUAAUCCAAAUCCUGGUACCUGUGGUUAGUGAACCAACACCGAGUUCCAGACGUUGCCAGAGCGCAGGCAGUACCAAACCCCCCAGUCUGUGGGGUGUUUGCAGAAGCCCUGCAGACUCUACGUGUUUUAAUUCACCAAGUGCCAUUGCCUGGAGUGUCUUUGCGUCUUUUGCACUGGUAGGGGAAGUGCUGUUCCACAUGUGGGUCCUGCCACAGUGCCCUGAGGGCUGUGAGGGUAUAGAGUAUUCUGUGAGAUAACCUCUACUUACCACGUUCUGCCUUGGCUUUAGCUGUAGGCCUUUAGUGUGGGCUGGGCUUGCAGGCAGCAAUUAACUCUGUGCCUUGUAAUUCAAGAUUAUUUUCUGUAGGUAAAUUUCAGUAACUGAGUAAAUAGACUUUACCAUGUUUAAAAUGUAUUUAUUUAAGCCAGUGCACAUGGUUUGUUUUAAUGCUGGUCAGACCUAAAUCAACUGUCUAGUUACCCCCCGUGCAAGCCCUUAACCUUUGCUUUAUUCAGAGAUGUACUUUAAAAAGUCUGUGACAUGUUUGAACUAGUCUUAAGAGGUGCCUGUUAUUGAAAUUAAAAGUCUACCUUUUUUUUUUUUUUUUUUUGCUACAUAUAUUUGCAGUUUUGUACUGAAGCCACUACUGUUUUAAAAAGUUUUUACUUUUUUUACGUGCUGAAAUCUUUUAGUUCGGUGUCUUUUGUGGUUAUUCCUAACUGGAUUACAAGAAUUUUGCGGAGAAGAAAUCUUGUGAGAAGGUAUUAUUGCACAACCCUUGCCCCCCACACCCCGUUUCUGUAGGCUCACAAACAGCCAUCCUGGUGUGAACUGGAAAAGAGUAUGGCGAGAUAAAAUUCAACUGCUUAAUCAA